CAUCAACUGUCGAAAUCUCAUUGGAAGCUUUGAAAUCUUAACAAUUUAGAAACAGAAAAUGGGUCUUAUUAAUUACUUAAUAAUCGCAUAUAAAACAUUUAAUUAAUUUCCAGAAAUCAAUAAAAUUAUCAUUUGCAAAACAAUAAUUAACAAGUUACCUUGAAAACUAUCAUUACAUUCUCUCUCUUUCAAAGGAAAUAUCAUUAAAAAUCUAAUGGUGUAGGAACAAAGGCAUACGAAACAGAGAGAGACAGGAACAAAUAAGACCACCAAGUCCAAGUUCCAAAACUCAGAGAGAUUGGAAAGAAGAAACAAAAGAUGGAUUAGAUAGAACGGCUUUGAGUGGAAGAAAAAAAAGGAAAAUUCUUUGUUCAAAAGUCACAAUCAUCUGCUUCAUAAAGACCUUCUUUAGAUCUUAUUUUAAACAAACCAGACAUAAAACCACGCAACUUCCCCUCACUUUGGCCUCUUCUUGUCAAAAUUUACUCCUUUUUUCUAUCUCUCUGGGUCUUUAGUAAGGUUGUUGGAAACCGUGUCAAGUUGGUUUUUUUUUUCUUUCUAUAUACAUAUCAGACUAUCAUUUGAUUGGUUUUGUAUUUGGAACUUUAAAGAAAGGGUAAAGCAGAGAUGCCCAUAUCUGGGACUGGGAAUUUUCCUAGAGUUUUGUCAGGGAGCAGAUGCUCGAUGUCUGCUGUGGUGUGGAGCUUGGUGGGAUUUCUUCUUGUGCUUCAUAUGUACUCUCGUUUUAGCAACAUAAAUGCAGUGAAUGGGGAUAUCCAACUGCGUAUGAGUAAUCAUCCGCUAGUCCAUGAACUUGAACAGGUGGAGAAGGAGAAUAUCCAAAUUCCCCAUCGUAAGGGGAAACGAUCCCCACGUGCUGCUAAGCGGAGACCCAAGCGUACAACCACUUUGAUUGAUGAAUUUCUUGAUGAGAACUCCCAGCUUCGGCAUGUAUUCUUUCCAGAUAUGAAAACUGCUGUAAAUCCAAUAAAAGACUCGGGAAAUGAUAGCUACCACUACCAUCCAGGGAGAAUUUGGUUGGAUACCGAAGGAAAUCCUAUUCAAGCUCAUGGAGGAGGUAUGCUCUAUGAUGAAAGAUCCAAUACAUACUAUUGGUAUGGAGAGUACAAAGAUGGACCCACCUACCAUGCUCAUAAAAAGGGUGCAGCACGAGUUGACAUCAUAGGAGUUGGUUGUUAUUCUUCCAAGGAUUUGUGGACAUGGAAAAAUGAGGGCAUUGUGUUGGCUGCAGAAGAGACAAAUGAAACCCAUGAUCUCCAUAAAUCCAAUGUGUUGGAGCGGCCAAAAGUUAUUUACAAUGAGAAUACUGGAAAGUAUGUAAUGUGGAUGCACAUUGACGAUGCGAACUACACUAAAGCUGCUGUUGGUAUUGCUAUCAGUGAUUACCCAACAGGUCCUUUUGAUUAUCUUCGUAGCCAAAGACCCCAUGGAUAUGACAGCAGGGACAUGACCAUCUUCAAAGAUGAUGAUGGUGUAGCAUAUCUAAUUUAUUCAUCCGAGGACAAUAGUGAACUUCACAUUGGACCACUCACUGAAGAUUACCUGGAUGUGAAGCCUGAAAUGCAAAGGAUUUUGGUUGGGCAGCACCGCGAAGCCCCAGCUCUGUUUAAGUACCAAGGGACUUAUUACAUGAUCACAUCAGGUUGCACUGGAUGGGCACCAAAUGAAGCACUAGCCCAUGCUGCUGAGUCGAUAAUGGGGCCAUGGGAGACAAUGGGAAACCCAUGCAUCGGAGGGAACAAAAUGUUUCGACUAGCAACAUUUUUUGCACAGAGUACAUUUGUGAUUCCUUUGCCAGGAAUUCCAGGUUCAUAUAUUUUCAUGGCAGAUCGGUGGAAUCCAGCUGACUUAAGGGACUCAAGAUAUGUAUGGUUACCUCUAAUAGUUGGAGGUCCUGCUGAUCGGCCUUUUGAGUUCAAUUUCGGAUUUCCACUAUGGCCAAGGGUGUCAAUAUAUUGGCAUAGGAAGUGGAGACUUCCCUUGAGUUGGAGAGCGUCGAAAUGAUUAGCUCAUUUUUUGGCUCAUUUUUCUUUUCAGAUACAUGGUUUUAAUGUCUUGUAUAUUAAGGCUCUUCACUUAUUCUUUCCCUGGUUCCCAUGGUUGUCUCUAUGAUUUGGGAAGCCUUUUCCGAGCUAACACACCUCAAUAAUUUGUUGUACAUGUUCAAUAUCCUGCACUGCCAGUAAACUCACAAAUGCUUCUGUCUGUAGGUAAUGUUAAUAUUAGCUUUUGAGGAUUAUAGAUUUUCACAGAGAAUACCAUUUGGUUGA